GAUGCCCUGUAACCUGAGAGCAGUCGUAUCAGACAGAGAACACGUUUUCUUCAAGACGGCUGGAAUAUGGUAGAGAUGCUAACUGUAGCCGUGGUGCUGCUAUCUGUGGCCCUGUCGAUCUCUUUAUGCCUCAAUGUGAUCUUUUGCAUCAAGCGAAGAACUAUUUUGUGCAGAGAAAAAAAUGGAUCCUGCUGCCCCCACACUUCUGAAGAAGAAACCCUGUCACACAAUGAAGGGCAUUAUUUUCAUGACCUUAAUCAUCAAGAGCAGAGGGAAAAUCCCCACAAUCAUCAUGAGCAACAGGAAAAUCCAAUCUAUGGCAACAUCAGCACAGAGAGAAGAAGUUCUGCAGAGGGUUGCUAUGAGAUGAUGACCAUGCAACGCACAAGAGAAAGUAAGAAGCCUUUCCAGAAUGACCUGAAUUAUGCCUCACUGGACCUGAAGACUGCAAAGAAACGAAAGAAGAAGCAUCGCCAUCAGCAUAGCCAGUCACAGGGACGAAAUCAUUUCCCCGAACAGCUGUCAGUCCACCACACACCUCCUCCGAAUACAUUCUUGGAGGUGGAUGCAGACAUGGAUGCUCAUCUUCCGUCCAGAGACACCAGCACCAUGGUUUCACACAGCAGCAUCUACCUCAACAGUCAACAAAUAGCUCAACAGACAGAGGAAAUGGAAAGAGAAAAGAAUCUGACGCUGGAGAGGAAUGUUGGUUGGAAUAGUAUGCGAAGGCGCGAGGAUGGAGGAAAUCAAGAGAGUGAAGAAGUGAAAGAUGAACAAGAGUGUAACAAUGGGAGUUUAUGUGAACAGCUUUCAGAAGUAGAAACCUUUCAGAGCUGCACAGAUCCUUUCAUUGGUAGCUUUAGCCAGGAUGGUCACCAGCACGGUUAAACAAACAUAUCAAGUUUUACUGUUUCAAACUGUUUUGAACUGAAGUCUAUAUCACCUGAAAAAGACUUUUUGGUUUUUAUUUUAUUUUAUGUGCAAAAAACAAACUACUGUCUAUUACUACAGCUGUAAAAUGAAACUACGUCACCUAAAAUAUUCAAACUGCUUGCAGGGUUGAGCAAUUUCCUCUCCGAGAUAGACAAGAUGAGGUCUCCUCAUUGAGCAACAGAGGAAGAAAAGUGUACCUUUCAUGCAGAGGGUGUAAUAAAUGUAAAUAAAGCUAAAAGG